CCUAAACUCACCGGGGUGGACACAGGACCGCCUGACUCUCAGUGUUCAAUAGAGGCAGUACGGACGUUUAGAAGUUUGAAACCAUUGAACAGCAAAGUUCGUCAUGUGUACCGGCGCCUGCUCAAAGUUUAUCGCUAUUCCCCUCUAUGUCUUGGCUCUGGUGUCGGUCAUCUGCAACAUCAUGCUCUUCUUCCCUGACUUCGACACAAAGUAUGCGGCAGAAGACAAGAAAGGAGCACCGCGGAUCACUGAAGAGGUCAAGUACAUGGGGGGCUUCAUAGGAGGAGGCAUCAUGAUUUUGAUUCCUGCCAUUCACAUUCACCUCACUAGUGCCAAAAACUGCUGUGCCAACCGCUGUGGGAUGUUCCUGUCCAUUGGGUUUGCAGCAGCUGGUGUGCUGGGGGCUAUUUACAGUCUGAGUGCCUCCUCUCUUGGUCUGGCUAACGGGCCAGUGUGCUACUGGAGCAAUGUAGACAGCGCCAUCCCAGAGUGGGGAAGGCCCUUCGCUAACAGCUCAGGGAACUACCUGAAUGACAAAAGCAUGUGGAGCUGGUGUAAAAGUCCACCAAAUGUGGUUGAAUUCAACUUGGGGCUGUUCUCCACACUGAUGGUGGCUGCCUGCCUGGAGCUCAUCUUCUGUGCCAUCCAGAUGGUGAACGGGCUCUUUGGCUGCCUCUGCGGCACCUGCUCUGGGAACAAGGAAUGAAACUGGACUUCCAUCACUCCAUGACUUUUUGGCGAUGAGUUGACGGUGGUUCUUGUUCCUUUCAGUUAGUUUUCAGUUUCUUACAGUGGGGGUCAGAGGUCACUGUAUCAUCUGACACUGACGAGCUUAACUUCUCAGGUUUAAUUUGAGCCUUGUCAGCUUGACAAGAGGAUUGACUGGAAAUAUUUUCUUUAGUUUUGUUUCACAGCUUGCAGAUU